CGUGUGAAGGUUUUUGGGGGGUUGCACACAGAGGUGGUGCUUGGCCUUGUGAAAAGCAGUGACAUAGUUUGAUAAAUUAUGUUUAUGUAAGCAUUAAAAAUUAAACCAUGGCAUUUUUGCUGAGUCUACUCAGCAAGAACAAGGGAAGGUCCACAAAAAAAUCAAAAAACAACUUUGCCUCUAUAAGGAAGAGGAAAGGCAUGAGUCAGGAUUAGAGAACCAAGUGAUGAACACAUUUUUAUGGGGAAGAACGAUUUUUAAAAGGAACUCAAUUGGCACUACGGGACCGCGCAUGUAAAAUCUGAUUUUUUUUGGUUUACUGCAAAUGUUACAGGACAUUUCAGUGUUCAGCACAGACCGAUCGGUUUACGACAACAAAGUAUCGCGAGAGUGAUUUAAAAUUUACGAAUCCGCCUGCUCUCGAACCAUUCUCGUGGUAGUUUGAUGUAAUAGGUCCAUAACUCUGCGCAGACACACACCUUUUGUUAAUCUGACGUCUGCGCAGCAACAAUAAUAUUGGUUCAAAUUCUCUCUACGUAGUCCGUACAUUAAACAUCCUCCCUCUGAUUGGUUGUGGUUGCGUCACGUCGCGCAACAGUUUGUUGUUUAGUGUUUACAAAUUUCGACCGCUACAACUUUUACCAAAAAGCACAAGCCGUUACAAACCGGUUGCUGAGGCGGAGAACUGUGAACAACCUGCUAGAUGACAAACGGUCUGGCUUCAAAUGUAUCCAAAGAGGAUGUUCUGAGUUUCGUCACUGAAUCCUUGCAGCUGCCUCUAGAUUAACCGUCAUCAUUCUCCUGGACCUGUCUGCUGGCUUGAACAGUGAGUCACCAGAACCUUCUGUCUAUUCUCUCUGCAAUGGGCAUCAUGGGAACUGCAAUUCACCGGCAGAUUCUUCAAGCCUCUGACGCCAGCAGAAAUAAUGACAGAAUAUAAAUUAGUGGUGGUGGGUGCAGGUGGUGUGGGCAAGAGUGCUUUGACCAUCCAACUCAUUCAGAAUCACUUUGUUGAUGAAUACGACCCAACCAUUGAGGACUCAUACAGGAAGCAGGUGGUGAUUGAUGGAGAAACGUGUCUUUUGGAUAUCCUGGACACUGCAGGUCAGGAGGAGUACAGUGCAAUGAGAGACCAAUACAUGAGGACUGGAGAAGGUUUUCUUUGUGUCUUUGCCAUCAACAAUACCAAGUCUUUCGAGGACAUUCAUCAGUACAGGGAACAGAUUAAGAGGGUGAAAGACUCUGAUGAUGUGCCUAUGGUGCUUGUGGGUAAUAAAUGUGAUCUACCAGCCCGCACUGUGGACACAAGACAAGCCCAGGAACUUGCCCGUAGCUAUGGUAUACCAUACAUUGAAACCUCAGCUAAAACUAGACAGGGAGUGGAAGAUGCUUUUUACACACUUGUCCGUGAAAUUAGGCAACACAAGCUGAGGAAACUGAACCCUCCAGAUGACAAUGGCCAAGACUGCAUGAAUUGCCGCUGUGUGGUGUCAUGAUCUGUAAUUGUGCGUCAGAUGGCUUUUAGAGCGGUGCAGCCUUCGAGACCGCAAACGCUGCAACCCCUUCACAGAAGCUGGACAUUAGAGCAGGCUGUUUAUAAGGGAAACCCUUAUUCUGGCACUCGGAACUCGUGCAGUCUUCCUAGGAGCGCCCCUGUUUUUCCUCUUUAUAGGGGAUGAAAGUUGUACCUCAAUUUAAUGGUCUCAACACUGGAGUUUCUACGACUGGAUGAAAGCUGACACAUAUUUAGAUUUAACCGACUAUUUACUCUUAACUGGAAGUAAUAACCCAGAAAAUAACCUCAUGUAUUGCUUAUCAGCUGUGGAUUUUAGAGAAACACUUAAAAAGACCAAACGGAGGGGCGAUAUCACUGCAUCAGUUAGAUAAGUUUAUGUCUGAAUGUGAGAAAGAUAAUAUUUGUAUUGUCCUUUGUUUAGACGACAUCUAAUAAAUUGUACAUAAUCA